GCGUCCGUUCAGCCCACCCUCUGUGUUAGAGAUGGAGGAGGACAGGAGCGGGUUAGGAGUGGGGAUGGGGUUGACUGUGGACAGCGAGGUGUGCUGUGACCCACAGGAGGAGGGUGUAGUCCUGGGGGAGCAGCCAGGUCCAGUUGGGGGUGCCCUGCCCUCCUCUGACCACAGCAGGCCCAAGAGGGAGAGGAAGCAGCGCAGUUACACAGUGUGUGACGUGUGUAACAUCCAGCUCAACUCCCCAGCCCAGGCCCAGAUCCACUACAACGGCAAGUCUCACCAGAAGAGACUCAAACAGAUAAGCAACGGGAAGAUCCAGCACGGCAACACAGGCACCUCUGCCCAGGGCAACCCCCUCCUGGCCUCCCUGCCUGUCCCGGGACGGCCCCUGCAGCCCCACCUUGACCUCAAACACUUCCUGCCUUUCAGGCUCAAUGGAUCGUCCCCCCUCAGCCUCUUCCCUAACUUCAGCACAAUGGACCCGGUGCAGAAGGCGGUGAUCAACCACACGUUUGGCGUCCCUCAGCCACUCAAGAAGAAACAGAUCAUCUCCUGUAACAUCUGUCACCUGCGCUUCAACUCACCGAACCAGGCAGAAGCGCACUAUAAGGGGCAUAAACAUGCCCGGAAGCUGAAAGCCAUGGAGGCCCAGAAGAACCGCCAGCGUCGACUUGGGGAAGCCACGUCCACAGGCAGGGAGAGAGACCGGGAACGAGACCGAGAGCGGGACAGAGAGAGGGCUAAGACUGCUGCGACUGUUACACUUCCCACUGAGACCCUCCCCGCACUCAUGGACACAGGCCCGAUGGAGGCAACGAAUCUGCUGCCUGCUGACCUGGAGCGAGUGGUGAAUUGUGAGGCUGUGAAGCUGGGCGAGAGCCCUGGCAGCAGCAGCUCAGUGAUGCUGACUCCUGUAUCUGAGGUGUCCUCCAUGGAGCUGGCCACCCUGUCCCCCGGGCCCCAGGGAGAGGUGUCCCCCUCCUCCCAGGCCUCAGAGAGCGGAGCCUCAGAUACCAGUGGCCACGAGCAGGGCCCUGAGGCCCCUGGAACAGCCCUGGAGUCAGGCAGCCAGCCGGACACCUCCAGAACAGAGGGGGGUGAGGAGGUCAAGGACCCCAAGAGGAUCAAGCCACACCUCCACUGUCCCGUGUGCAAGGUCACGGUCAACUCUACAUCCCAGCUGGAGGCACACAACAGUGGUACGAAGCACAAACAAAUGCUGGAGGGCCAGAGCGUCCAGCCGCGGCGCCGGGGGAAGAUGGCGGGGGCUGGGGGGCGUUCGGCCUGCAAGAGCAAGCGCCUGGGCACCAAGGGCAGCGUGGGGGUGCCCAGCAAGAACUUCCACUGCGAGGUGUGUGAGAUCUARGUCAACUCGGAGACCCAGCUCAGCCAGCACAUGAACAGCAGGAGACACAAGGACCGUCUGGCAGGAAAGCCCAAACCCAAGUUCAGCCCCACAAAAGAGCCGCCCCCUCAGCUUAUCGUGAAUGGGUCCCUGGUACCUGAGACAUUCAAGGCUGAAUACCCCCAGCACUACCCCCAGCACUACCCUACUGACAAAGCCUGA